AUGCACAAUAAGGAUUUGGCAAGGGUGUCCAACUGGGCAACAGUGGGAAUUUUACGGGGAAUUCUCGCAUCAGGUCUUCUUCUGGGAUCAGUAAUUGGGCUAUUUCCAUUGUUGUUCUAUGAUUAUCUAACAGAAGAAGAAAUUGAGCGAAAAAAGAUUAAGCUCUUACACCACAGGCGGAACGACGAAGCAGAGAUGGUCGACCACCAUCAUCAUAUUCGCUCGUUCAGUGAAGAAGUGAGUCGUGAUUACGAAGGCAGCGAAAAUAAGAGAAAAAGGGAAGCUCGAAAAGAGGAGCCCACGCUACAGCCGGAGAUCUCAGUCGAUCUCGAAGAAGUACUGCACCCCGACGAAAUAAAAAAUAAUCCCGAGAAGAAAUAA